CGGAAGCAGCUAAAUCAUUUUGCAAGAGACCGGAGAGCGAAUUGAGAAGCUGCUGCAGACAAAAUGCAUUUUAAUAUUUUACUGUAAAUUGCAUUAUUAUUAUUGCCUCGUUUAUAUUUAUUGUAAGCGGUUGUUGAUUUAGUAGAAGGAAAACGCGGAGGUCAGAGAAGAGAAGCCGCCUUAUCAGUGUGUGUGUCAGCAAGGGAAGAAAUGGAACCUGCCUGCAUCAAAGUGGAACCGCCAGAACCUGAACCCGUGUGUCUUAAACAGGAGCCAGAACCUGCCCACGCUAAAGAGGACCUUCCGGACCCCGUCCACCUCAAAGAGGAAGCGGGUGAGCUCCGCCUUGUCCACGUCAAAGUGGAGACCGCCGAGGACCACGCUCAAGAGGACCCUUUCGAAUCGGAAACGGUACGCGUCAAAACCGAGGAGGAAGCGGAGGACGUGUCUGAGACUUCACAGGGCUGUAUUGCGGAGAGUAUGAAUGAUCUGGGGCUGAUCCAUGUUAAAGAGGAGCCAGUCGGACCCUCCCUGCCUCCACCUUCCGGUAAGCGUCCCAAAUACCCGGGAGGACCUUACCGGUGCAGCGAAUGCGACAAGAGUUACAUCGACGCCAGGAAGCUGAAACGCCACCAACUGGUCCACACGGAGAUGCCUCACGGCUGCCCGGACUGCGGCCGGCAAUUCGCCCGGCUGUCUAACCUCGCCAGACACCAGGAGAGCCACUCCGAGGAGAAGCAGUUCAUCUGCACGGAGUGUGGCAUCGCCUGCAACACAUUCAGCGCCCUGAAGACCCAUCUGGAGUCCCACGCCGGGCUGAAGCUGUACCACUGCCCCGACUGUGACAAACGUUUCUCCUACCUGCGCAACCUCAAAGCCCACCAGCGGAUCCACACGGGGAAAGUACCCUACCUCUGCUCGGACUGCGGGAAGAGUUUCAAUCACCUGGGGACGCUGAAAUCCCACCAGCGGAUCCACACGGGAUCGAAGCCCUACGUUUGCAAAGACUGCGGGAAAAGUUUCAAGCAGCUGGGGCAUCUGAACACCCAUUGUCUCCUCCACACGGGGGAAAAACCGCACUCUUGUAAAGAGUGCGGGAAAGGCUUCAAGCACCCGGGUACCUUAGAGUCCCACCAGCGUAUUCACACGGGAGAGAAGCCUUUCCUUUGCAACUUUUGCGGGAAGCGCUUUAGGCACGUGCACAGCUUUAAAAAGCACCAGCGAUUUCACACAGGGGAGAAGCUGUAUCACUGUGACGGGUGCAACAAGACUUUCACCUCCUCGGUGAAACUCAAAGACCACCAGUGCGCCUUCUGAGAAUGGAUCGAUCUGUCUUUGUUGACAGGGCGAGCCUCGCAGCCCUAGAGGCGGCUCGGGAGAGCUUUUGCAGAACGUAAAAUGAGGAGCAGUGCCGGAAGUUUUGCAUCACGCCGUGGGAAGAACCGUUCCUAAAGCGAAACGAAACCUGCUGAAUAAUGUUAAUAUGGUGAAUUGCAUAUGUGGUUUUCCUAUGUUUAACAGGAAAAAAAAAGCCUGUUGUGGCAUUUUGUAGUUUCUUUGAUCACAUUAUGAUGUUGACUAUAAUAUCUAAAUUAUGUUCCUAUAUAUAUAAUAUAUCAUUUAUUAUAAUUUCUUUUAAUUCUGUAUCAAUCCUAAAAUUCUAGGCUAUGCAAAACUUUUGCCCAGAUCUGUAUGUUGCUUUAGUCUUAUAUAUUGGCUGAUUAAAUCAGUUAUUUUAAAAUCACUGAUUUAAAAUCGUGAUUUGAAAUCACUUGAUUUCAAAAAAGUAAUAAUUUCAAUGUUUCUUUCAUUACCUAUUUCAUCUAGUUUCUAAAGGAAUAUACAUGAAAAGCGUGUUUUUAAAAACACACUAACGACUUACUGUCUAUGAACUCAAAUGUGUUUAUAUUCAUAAUAAUGAAUUAUGAAACACGCGUAAGUUCUCUUGCUGAAGCGAAUUCACGUUUGCCAAGUUUUGUAAGUUAAGGGUAUUUCUGGAACCUAUUUACUUAAACAGAGAAUAAACUCAAUAGAUCUUUUAUCAUUAUUAUUAUUAUUAUUAUUAUUAUUAUUAUUAUUAUUAUUAUUAUUAUUAUUAUUAUUAUUAAUCAGUAAUCCGUCACAUAUCCGCCCUGAUCAAUCUCUUCAGCCACGUUAGUCUGUUAUUGAACAGAGAAGAUUAGUUCAGAGACUGGAGAUCCCACAGAAGUUUUCGGACUCUGUGUUGUGUGUGAUCGCUGCUGGCAGCGUCGCCUGAGCUGUUCAGUGUGUCGAUUUGUGAAUGAAUCCGGUUCGCCUGCAGGGGGGGUAUCGAUUUCAGCCUCCGUCCGGAUCUCCUGCCCGUCGCUCAGCAGCGAACGCACGCCCCCCCACACGGCAGACGGACACCCCGUCUCAAGCAUGGGUACCCCGUGUCUUUCUAAACCAGGGGUUUAGGGGGGAGCUCUCUGAUAAAAGCUGUAUCUCAAAACAGGAAUUGUGUGAAUCUAGUCAUCGUUCCAGCUGUGUGUAACGGUGUUACAGAUCAGAGCAGUUAUAAUCAAUCAAUCAAUCAAUCUUUAUUUUAUAUAGCGCCUUUCAUAGUGGAGCAUCAUCACAAAGCGCUUUACAAGAUGCAGUAACAAGAAGAAAAUCCAUAAUAUUUUAAAUACAGAGACAUGCAUCAUACAUGAUAUAUUAUUAUGUAUUUCUUAGCAGACCAGGGCGACUUACACUUGUUACGAGAUAUCACAUUAUUUUUUACAUACAAUUCCCCAUUUAUACAGUUGGGUUUUUACUGGAGCAAUCUAGGUAAAGUACCUUGCUCAAGGGUACAGCAGCAGUGUCCCCCCCACCUGGGAUUGAACCCACGACCCUCCGGUCAAGAGUCCAGAGCCCUGACCACUACUCCACACCGCUAUAAUACAUUUGUAGUCAACUGGAAAUGUAUUAACACAUUCAGCCAAUAGGAUUGUGUAAUUGAUUAAUUGAUUAAAUAAUUAAUGAGUUAGUUAAUUGAUUUGAUUGUCUUAACCCACACGGGCCCGGGGAUGAAACCAAAAAUGAUCGAAUUUAUAAUAAGGUGGUGUUGUGAACUUCAUUUCGGACGUGGUGUUACAACAGGUAUAUAACAGCUGUGUAUCUGUUAAUAAUAAUCUAUUGCAAAACUUCAAGGUGUGUCGUCCUGUUUCUCUGUCUGUUUGAAAUGGGUUGCAUGUGUGUCCUGUUGAAGUCAUGACGUUGUUUUUUUAGUUGGGUAGAAUAGACAGACAUUUUGAUUAAAGACCCGAGCAAGCACUUUGAAAAUGUUGUCCCCACUUUUUGUCCGGUAAAGAGAUAUGUUGCAGUGUUUGGGUCGGCUGAAAUGAUGCUCCCAUCGUUGAACUUGCUAGAAGACUUUUAACUUGAGUGAAGUAAAAUGAAAUGUAUAAUAUUUAAAAUGCGGUACGCUGUUGAGAUGAGUUGAAUAAACUACACUUACAUUUAUCUCAUAUGGUUUAUAUAUAUAUAUAUAUAUAUAUAUAUAUAUAUAUAUAUAUAUUUUUUUUCUCUUCUAAGAAUUUUAUUCAGGCUUCAAUUCUGCAAACGGGGGGGAAAAUGAGUCCUGUUAAAAAAAAAAACACAAAAAUCUUAAACAGCUGUCUUGAAUUGUCAACAAAUAAAAUUGCUUAACCACACAUGUUUUGUCAGUAUUUUCUAUCCCAUGUCUGUUGACGUUUGCGCUAUGCUGUAUUUUUUUCAAACAAUGUCACACAUUUUAUUUAAUUUUUCCUUGUUGUAAAGUUGAAGAAUUAUACUGGGACAAAAAUAUUAGUGGAAUCUAAUGAGUUACAAUGAAUCUCUGCUAGAUGGCAAAGUUUAUGAGCAGUGGGGUGGUGAUCGAUAGAUUUUAUAUUUCUCAUAGUUCUGUAUCAGGGCUUGAAACUAGCUCUAUAACUUUCUCAACCUCACUGGUUUAGGUGUAUUAGUUAAAUGGCCAGGCAGUGGAAAUUUCAACAGUCAUACCCCUGGUGGAUCUUAUCAAAGCGUGAAAUAAGCCCUCACUCAGCCAGUGAGUCUGUCUGUUACGGAAAAUAUCAAGACUAACCACAAGUCUUUAUAUUAUGUCUGAAAAGCCAUAUAUUUGUUCAUAAUUCUGGGCGUUUACCGCCUUGAUCAGAGUCAAGCUUUUACUGUAACGUGUACUACUUCUAGCCAGCAUCAUCAAAUGAACAGCUACUUUAUUUUGAGUUUUAUAUUUCCUGCAAUUAUCUUCUAGUACAAACCUGCAGGCUGUGUGGUCCCAGUGGUUAAAGAAAAGGGGUCUUGAUACCAGGAGGUUCAAAUCCCGGCUCAGCCACUGACUCCCUGUGUGUGUGCGUGCGUGCGUGCGUGCGUGCGUGCGUGCGUACGUGUGUGUGACCCUGAGCAAGUCACUUCACCUCCUUGUGCUCCGUCCUUCAGAUGAGACGUCAAACAAACGAGCUCCUAUUGGAAGUGACUCUGCAGCAGCAGCAGCAGCAGUUGCUGAUGAUGCAGAGUUCACCCUCCUAGUCUCUGGAAGUCACUUUGGAUAAAAGCGUCUGCUAAAUGACUCAUCCUUAAUAAUAAUAAUAAAAAUAAUAAUAAUAUCAGCCGUGCAAAAGAUGUGAUACCUACCAGAGCAGAAAAUUACAAGCAGAGGAUUCUUUUAAACUGUUUGAAAACGUGUGUGUGAAACGGGGGGGAGGGGAUGAGUUAUUCAGUAUUAGUAAAGUAACUGUCAAGGGUUUUGUUUAAUGUGCUACUGUGGUGAGAAUUUUGUGGGUUUUUUUUUUAAUUGUGUGUCAAGAAAUAUGCAGUAAUGUUGCAAUGACUGGAAAACAUAUGCAAGAGCAAGAAAGGAAACUUUGUGCAAGUAGAUUUAGAAAAGCCUAUGAUCUAAGGGAACUUGCUUGAUCUCCUGUCUCGUUAUCCUCAAAGCA